UGGUUGGUGUGUUUUCAAUUUUGCUUUGUAUUUUGCAGCUGUUUCUAAUCUUCUAUCCGUAAACAAAUUAUUUCGCGAAUAAAUUUAAUUACAGUUUAAUUUAUUAUUUCAUACGUGAAAUAUAAGUAUAUUGCAGAAUUUGUUGGAUAAUAGAAUAUAAUAUACUUUUUAAUUGUAGUGACAUCACAAUCUACAAUGCCCGUGGGCAGAAAACGAUGGAAUCUUCAUGAUGGACCACAAGGGUCUCUCCGGAGGCUUCGUAACCAACUUGCGGAGGAUGGCUGUGCUGAAUCUCAGGUUGUCUUGGCCAAACAGCUCUUGGAAGAAAAAUGUGAAUUAGAAGCAGAUAAAAUAUCUAAUUUUAAGCAAGCAUUGGAGUGGUUGAUAUGUGCCACUGAGCAGGCUCACCCUGAAGCUAGGAGGAUGUUGAGAAGGUGUAUCCGGAGCGGUGUUAUAUCUGAGGAUAGCGCAGCGAUCGUGCGCGCCAAGUCGUGCCUCGCCGCCAGCCGGCAGGAGACCGUCGCCAGGAAAGCUGCCAGGGACCUGUUUGCUAGUUUAUCAAACGGUGAGCAGUACAUAACGACGGCGCAGUUGGAGCGGCGCAUCAGGGAGAUAUGUAGCACCACGCUCAGGAAACGGCCAGACGACGACUCCCCUGAUGAGGAACCGGAAGAACCUCGCGCACUACAUGAUGAGCAAGCAUUGGAGCCGUCACUGAAGGCGGGAGACAUUCCUCACACAAACGGCACAAUUCGAACUGCUGUCACAGAUGAAGAAUGCCCAGAAAGGUGUCCAACAAACGAGGAAAUCCGGAACCUAACAGUAGACAAUCUAGUCACAGCCGCAGUAGACUACUGCCAGGGGGAACUACCCCUGGUCUCCUACGAACUCACCCUCACAGACCCCGGGCUAAAAUGUCUCGACCACAUCCCCCUACUUCACCAGGCAUUCCUUCACCCUGUAGUUUUCUUACAAGUCUUAUACCUAAAACUCCUAUAUUACUUCGCGAAUUUCUCAUUCAGAUUGUCCAACAUCGAACUUUCCUUACUCCUCAUAGCGUACCUUUCAGUCAACACUGACAGUCUAUACCACUUAGUACCUUUAGUGCUGUACUAUGUCAGUUUCGUGGCGAUGGUUAUUUGUACGUUCAAAAUGCUGCACGCGAAAAAACAGUUCAUUGACUUCAGGAAAUGGUCCGGACUCUUUUUGAGGUAUAGUGAUGGGAACUUGCAACCGGACGAAUCGGAAAAUCUCUUUGUCAGAAACAACUUGAGUCCGUUUAUUCAGUUCUUUAUGGCGUUGUUCAUUAAUCUGUUCCUUUACCCUUUCAUUGCUACGCAGUGGGUGCCAUUUUCGGAAUUCUGUGUCCUGUCCUUCUUUUUUAUGUUCCUGACAUUAUUCUCUUUUGGCACUGACAGCGAAUCGUAUCCCGACAUACUAGCGUUGCUGUCCUUUGGUAUAAAUGUGUUGGCGAAAUAUCCGUACGAGAAAGACACUGUUGUGCACCAAGGCUGGAGAUUCCUCGACUUGUAUAUAUCGAAUUAUCCUUCUUACAUAUUAGGGAAUAGCAUCGAGUUUUGCUUGAACUCUCGCGUGUUUUUCUCAUUAAUAAUUCCUAUGAUCCUGGUAGGGAUGGCGCGUCGGAGAAAUUGGCAGGGCUUCUUUAAAUAUGCAUUACCGCAUUGUGUAACGUUAAGUUGGCUGCAGAUGUUUAUAAUGUGUUCCCAUGGGUGUACUACGUACGGUUUGAUUAGGGGGACUCUGGGUUUGGUUUGUUCGUUCCUUUUCUUGCCCUUGAUCGGCUUUGCGACGGUGACGUUGCCUGUGUUCGCGUUCUUGCAGUACAUAACGUUGUCGAGAGUGUUCUACACGAUGACUGUUGUCGUAGGGUUUGGUCUAAGUUUGGCUGUGACGUGUUUUCUGGCGAAAUCUGAAGCUACAAAGAAAUUUGUCACGCCUUUUCAGCUCGUAAUCGGCCUAAUAACCUUAAUUUACUUUGGCAACCAAUUCGUAACCAACAUUCAAGACGACGGUCUCCCCACAGGCCUCAUAGAACUAAUAGGAGACGAGAAGUCCAGCUUUCGAAAUCUCCUCAAAAAUGAAUUCAUAACUGACUACGACGACAGCACAUACCACAUAAGUUGGGAGGAUUAUUACAACCAAUGCAACUCUCCAUCUUGGACGGAUUAUAACGCGGCGACUACGCAAAUCAAAUGUUCAGUGUUAGAAGGCGCCAACGUAAAUUGGGAGGGUUAUGUUAAAGAGGUGAAAUUGACGAGUGUGGUGAAUCGAUGGAACGCCUUCGCGUCAUGGUUGCCUAGUAUUUUGACGGAAUAUUUUAAAUGUUAUUAUGGAGAGGAGUAUGCGGCGUGGUGCGGCAUUGGCAAUCAGUUUUCUCUAAAGGAGUGCGAGUUUAUUAUGAAUUCUGCGAGGCACACGGGCAAGAUCUGUCAUUUGAACAAUAUGGAUGAAUACACCUAUGAAGUGAAACUUCUAAUGGAUACGAGCACUGGCCUCCUAUCGCGUCACGCAGAAAUAUCAGUCAUAUUCGACCAUUACUUUUCAAACUUCACGCGCCAACUGCGAGCCAAAGACAAAAUCCGUUUCAAAGGCGUUCUAAUCAACGAACCAGGGACAUACAACAUCGGUGCCCAGGACUUCAAAAUCCAAGGCCACGAGAUACAUUGCGUAGAAUGCAAGAACAACAGGGGUACUAUCAGUUCAAAUGCACCAGUGACCUCCAAAUUCUCAGAGCUCUUCAAAACGAUCGUCAACGACUGUGUUGUGUCCACGAAAUAUAUUUUGAAUUUCUUGUUGAAUCCAGUGAUUGUGUUUAAAUAAAUUAUUUAUUUAUAUUGAGCGUUUUUGUGUAGGUGUUGACUGUUUGUAAAAUAGGAUGAGCUUGAGUCAUGACGUAAUCUGAUAUUGAUAUAAGCACAAAAGAUUACCAGUACUAUUUCUUCACAUGUAUUUUUAUAAUACGCAUUUAUCUUGUACGAGUGAAACGAAAAAUAUGAAGUCUAUAGAUUUCUCUGGGCGGAAGAGGCUCAAGGUAUUAUGAAACUACCAAUUUUGAGACUGAUGGACAUUGUAUGAAUGAAAGUUUCCACCUUGUCAUAAGAGUUUAGUACAAUAGUUUUGAACAGCAAGUUAAAGCCAUAAAAAGUAUUUUAUUCGAAUUAUUAAACUCAAUUUAUUUGGAAUUAUGUUUUAAUUUGUUUUUUUUUAUGAUUUUUAGAAAAUCUGUUGACUUACAAUUGAGAACCAUACAUACAAUAAUUAAUGCAUUUAUUACAUUCUCGUCUGAGCCUUGAAAAAAGUCACUGGACGCGGCGGCCCUACAAUCGCUGACAACAACAACGUAGCCGAUCUGUUAUUGACAGUUCCACAUAUUGCCACAGAACUUCUUUAGUGGCGCAUAAUAGAGUAUCAUAAUAUUUUUCCAAUCUAUUUUAUGAAUUAAUUAAUAAUGUAUCUAUUCGAUUUUCAUAUGUUUUGCGAGUUAGAUGUAGGUAUGUAUUGAAAGCUUCCGUUACUGAUCUGAAUAUGGUAUACAUUUACCAUUUUUUAAAACAAUGAUAGUAUGAAUUUUUAUUAGGUUCUACCUUACUAGGAUUUCUUGUAAAUUGUAUUGUAUAACACCCAGUAAUACGUAUUAUUUAAAACAAAUAGCACAUACUUAAAAAAGUACUACAUCUUGAUUGAUGCGACAUAAAAAUGUCUUCUAAAAUACUGAUCAAUUAUUCCUAGAUAGUGAACUAAAAAAUUAAAACGUUUGUGGAAACAGAAAAGUAUUUUAAAAGAAUUGUUGUGUAAAAAUUACAUAAUAAAUGUAUUUUGACAGAAAUAUAUGAUAUUACAAAUUA